AAAAAAAAAAAAAUCAACAAAAAAAGGAUAACUAAAUAGUCCUCGGGCUGGGUCACGCGACUCCGUGGCCCCGCCCCCACCUCUGCUCCCCCGGGGGCGCGCGCGCGCGCGCGUCCAAGCGCAAGUGUUUAUAAGCGGCACGAGGACGCCCAGACGCGGGAACAUGCCUGCGCUCGUCAACGUGCGUGUGCGCGUGCCCGCGCCGCUGCGGCCGCCGCCGCCGCCGCCGCCGCUGCUGCUGCUGCUGUUGCUGCUGCUCCUCGCGGCUUCCGGCACCGGGAGCGGCCCCGUCGGGCCCCCCGGCUCGUCUCCCCCCGAGGAGCAUCCGAACCGCGGCGGCGGGUUCCGGGUGGUCCAGUGGGAGUGGAGCUACGUGCAGACCCCUUACGUCAUCGCCGUGUGGCUCCUGGUGGCCAGCGUGGCCAAAAUCGUGUUCCACUUUUCGCAGCGUUUCACCACUGUGGUUCCCGAGAGCUGCCUGUUAAUCCUGUUGGGUCUGGUCCUGGGCGGCCUGGUCCUUCUGGCCAAUGAGAAGCAGCUGUACCAGCUGGAGCCCGCCCUCUUCUUCCUGUUCCUGCUGCCGACCAUUGUGGGCGACGCCGGCUACUUCAUGCCCGCGCGCCUCUUCUUCGACAACCUGGGCGCCAUCCUCACGUACGCCGUGGCCGGAACGCUCUGGAACGCUUUCUGCACAGGAUUCGGACUGCACGCCGCAAACGUCAUGGGACUCAUCGACGAGCGCGUGCAGGCCGGCCUGAUGGACUUCCUGUUGUUCGGAGCGUUGAUCUCGGCCGUGGACCCGGUGGCCGUGUUGGCCGUCUUCGAGGAAGUUCACGUCAACGACACGCUCUUCAUCAUCGUCUUCGGAGAGUCGCUGCUCAAUGACGCCGUCACCGUGGUGUUGUACAAAGUUUAUAUUUCCUUUGUGGAAGUUGGAGUGGAGAACGUGCAGACGGCAGAUUACUUCAAAGGAAUCGCGUCCUUCCUGGUGGUCAGCGUGGGCGGGACCCUAGUGGGUCUGGUCUUCGCGGUCCUCCUGAGCUUCAUCACGCGCUUCACCAAAAAGGUUCGAAUCAUCGAGCCGCUCUUCGUCUUCCUGCUGGUCUACCUCGCCUACCUCACCGCCGAACUCUUCUCCCUGUCUUCCAUCUUGUCAAUGACGUUCUGCGGCAUCGGCGCUAACAAGUACGUGGAGGCCAACAUCUCGCAGAAGUCUCGGACCACGGUCAAGUACACCACGAAGACCCUGGCCAGCAUCGCCGAGACCCUCAUCUUCAUCUUCCUCGGCAUCUCCGCCGUGGACAAGUCCAAGUGGGCCUGGGACACGGGCCUAGUGGCCUGCACCCUCGUGUUCAUCUUCGUCUUCAGAGCCGUGGGCGUGGUGGGCCAGACCUGGGUCCUGAACCGGUUCCGUCUGGUGCCGCUGGAGAAGAUCGACCAGGUGGUGAUGUCGUACGGCGGCCUGCGGGGGGCGGUGGCCUUCGCUCUGGUGGUCCUGCUGGACGGCGAACACGUCAAGGCCAAAGACUACUUUGUGGCCACCACCAUCGUGGUGGUCUUCUUCACCGUGAUGUUCCAGGGUUUGACCAUCAAGCCGCUGGUCAAGUGGCUGAAAGUUCCUCGCUCCACCAGCAGGAAGCCCACCAUCAACGAGGAGAUUCAUGAGAGGGCGUUCGACCACAUCCUGACGGCGGUGGAGGACAUCGCCGGCCUUCAGGGCUACCACCACUGGAGGGACAAGUGGGAGCAGUUUGACAAGAAUCACCUGAGCAAGCUUCUGCUGAGGAAGUCGGUGUACAGGAAGAGCGAGCUGUGGGAGGCGUACCAGAAGAUCAACAUCCGAGACGCCAUCAGCGUCAUCGACCGGGGUGGAAACGUUCUGACCUCGGCCAGACUCUCGCUGCCCUCCAUGACCGGCAGGACCUCCUUUCCGGACGCCUCCGUCGCUAACUACCUGCGCGAGAACGGCAGCGGCGUGUGUUUGGACCUCCAGGUCAUCGAUAACGUUCCCGGUGCCAAAGUGGAGGAGGGCAUGGAGACUCAUCACGUCCUCGCAGAAAACCUCUACAAACCCCGCAGACGAUACCAGUCGCACUACAGUCGUCACUUCAUGCCGGCGGGCGAGAAGGAGCGGCAGGAUCGAGAAGUUUUCCAGAGGAACAUGAAGAGCCGCAUGGAGACCUUCAAGUCGGGACGACACAAGCGGCACAAGAAGGAGCGAAGCGUCAAGAAGCGCCGAGGGUCCGACUCCAAGGACGACGCCGGAGACGAGUCCAGAAGAAACGUCAGCCGGCAGGUCAACGAUCCCGCGGCGGCUCCUCUGGGCUCGGAGGAGGGCGGAGAUCAAGGCGAGCGGUCAGACCCUGAGAAGGAGGAAGACGUCGGCAUCGUCUUCAUCGCCGUGAAACCGGAAACUCCCCACAAACGGCCACACUCAGUGGCGGCGGCGACGGGGACCCCCGGCGGCGACGCUCACCUCCCGUGGAAAGGCGGCGGCGUGCUGUGGCCGCCGCCCUGCGUGUCCCUGGAGGCCACCAAGGUGAUCCCGGUGGACCUCCAGCAGGCCUGGAACCAAAGCAUCUCGUCCCUGGAGAGCAUCUCCUCGCCGCCGCCGGGCCCCGCCGAGCCCGUCCACCCUCGCGUCGGCGCUCUGUCCCGGCGCCAGGCCCCCCGGCCCGUCUCUUACACGCCGCCGGCCGGCACGGGGUUGCCCGCGCCGCCCGACUCCUCGCGCGUCCCGCUUGAAAAGGACGAAGAGGAAGAGGAGGCGGCGGACGAGAUGAUGCCGCUGGUGCCGUCUCUGAGGCCGCCGCCGCCGCCCUUGCCCGAGGCGGGGCCGGGGAGGAAGCCCCGCGUGUACCUGAGGAGUCUGGUGACGGCGCCCCCGCCCGGCCGAGGCCCCACUCAGCUGUGAGCGCCCGGCCGCGGUUCCUGUCUGUGGCGUGCGCGCCGUCUCCGGAGGUUUCCUCCGAUCGCGGCCUCCGCUCUAGCUGGCCGCACCGCCACGUGUACCUCGUCUCCAAUUGCACACCAAAAAAGUCACCAGCCCAAUUUAAUAAAAACAUU